CCCGGGAUAGCUCCGCCUGAGGUGGCCGGGGCUGAGGGCGUCUGUAGCCGUGGGACUUGCAUUAAGGCCGCUGGGAGCGUUUGGACCCGGCGCCCCGCUCAGUCAAGGGGCUGGUCCCGCACCCCCAGCUUUCCUCAGCGGUGCUUAGAGGGGAGGGAGGAGGCCGGCGUGUGAAAUCUUUUCUGGGCGACUUUCGGGCCUCCCGAGGCGCGCAGACGCUCACCUGAUCCCAGCUCGUCACCCGCUGCCCGUGGACCAGGAGGGAAGAAUUGAUUUCUCCGUUGAUGGAAGAAGCCGGGGCUCAGGAAAGUGAAGUGACAAGUUCUGGGAAGUGACAGCCCCGGGUUGCAGGUGAGUUCUAAUUUGCGAUUCAAAUCAAGAAUGAAAUCUUCUGAAAGCUCAGACUCGAAGCCUUUUUCGUUCAGAAUGGAAGACAAAAGACGACAAGCUCGAGUUCAGGGAGCCUGGGCUGCUUCUGCAAAGAACCGAGCUACUACUCAGCCAGCUACCAAUUGUAGGAGCCAUCUCCCUCAGACACCUGGUCAGAACUGGAGGAGCAAGGAACAUCCGCUGUCUGACAGGCAGUUUGUGUUCAAAGAACCCCAGCAGGUAGUCCGUGUAGCCCCAGAGCCACGCGUGAUCGACAGGGAGGGUGUGUAUGAGAUCAGCCUGUCCCCCACAGGCAUAUCUAGGGUCCGUUUAUAUCCUGGCUUUGUGGAUGUGGAAGAAGCCAACUGGAUACUGGAGCAGCUUCACCGGGCCAUUCCCUGGAAGCAGAGGAUGGGCAUCCGAGAGGAUAUAACUUAUCUUCAGCCAAGACUUACAGCAUGGUAUGGAGAACUUCCUUACACUUAUUCAAGAAUCACUAUGGAACCAAAUCCUCACUGGCCCCCUGUGCUGAGCGCCCUGAAGCACCGCAUCGAAAAGAACACCGGCCACACCUUCAACUCCUUGCUCUGCAAUCUCUACCGGGACGAGAAGGACAGCGUGGACUGGCACAGCGAUGAUGAGCCCUCGCUGGGAACGUGCCCCGUCAUCGCCUCGCUUAGUUUUGGGGCCACACGCACUUUCGAGAUGAGGAAGAAGCCCCCACCUGAAGAGAAUGGAGACUACACAUAUGUGGAAAGAAUGAAGAUACCCUUGGACCACGGGACCCUGUUAAUCAUGGAAGGAGCCACACAAGCUGACUGGCAGCAUCGUGUACCCAAGGAGUACCACUCCAGAGAACCAAGAGUAAACCUGACCUUUCGGACCAUUUAUCGAGACCCAAGCGGGACGCCCCGGUGAUGGGAGGUCUUCACGAAAGCCUCUGAGCAAGGCCCACAGAGCCCCUCCGCUGGAGGCUCCAAGAAGGUGGCGGCCUUUGCUUUACAGCUCCAAAUCCUCUUAAAGGAAAUCAGCAGUUCACGUUGGUAAUAUGUCAGCUGUGGGAAGUUAUUCUAAAGCACAUCUCACAAUCAAGCAUUACCUUCAGGCAAAUCAAAAACAGCUCUCGCUGUGCUUUUAGACAAUUAGCUCCACCAGUUGGUUUUUCUUCUGCCCUUCCCCCUACGCUUGCAUUUGAAGAAAUCCAAAUGGCCUUGUGCCGCUGGAAAAGGUCCACACGUGUUUGCCUUCUUAUGACGUUAGCAAAGUGGAGAUAUAAAUAUGCGUCAGUGAUUCUUGGAGCCUUCUGUAGGCAGACAGCUGCUGAAACCCAAACAGAGGACUUCAUGGGGCUUUGUGGAAGUUUGUAUUGACUCCUUAAUACCUUGGCUCCUGCAGUACUGUAAUGGAAAGCUGCAUAUGGGAGGCGCAGGAGGGAAGGGGACGCUGUUUAGCUGAGUCUCCCUGCCCAUCUGUCUUCCUGGGAUGCGCUGAGGCUACAGGCCUGCAUGCAGAGGGAAAGCUGUGUGCACUGCUGCACACCCAAGCAGACACCUCGACCCUUUGGAAUGCAAGAGAAACCCGGCACUUUGAAGGGAGGAACAACUGAUGGUAUGUCAUGAGAAGUAGCAAGCUGAAAUUCUGGCUGAAGAGCAGCAGCACAAGUCCCCAUUAGUGGCAGCUGUUCCACAUAGAUUAGUUUCCCCUAGAGGAUGACGUGAGUCAUUUAACCCCAGGCCAGAUAGAAGCUGGAGCAAUUGUGCAGGGAAUAGAUUUGAUGACCUCAUGCUCUGCUUACCUGAGACUUCAGAAGUCCUGUGACUCAGGCUGUCUUCUGACUGACUCACUGCUCUCUUGUCAAGCGCUCCUAGAGUUCAGGGGUUAGCCUGUGAUGUCACCCAGGUUCCCAAAACAGAAUACAGUGGUUGUACCUUAUUGUAUCAUGAAAGUACGCAUCUCCUUGACCUUUGACUCAAGAGCAGGGUGCCAGAUUAACACCCAACCAAGGAAAGGAAAACUUGGAAGACAAUAUAAAUGGAUAAAACUGGGACACCAGAGUUAGAGUUUCUCUCUUGGCCUGAAGGGGAAAUAUGUCAGUACCUUCUUGGGUUUCGGCCUGUUUCCACCCAUGCUGUAAGUGUGAUGAUCAUCAUAGUAAAGUACCAAAGGCUGGGCUCUGCCCUCCCAUGAGCCCUCUGGCUCCUUGCAUUAGGGUCUCUAUCGUUUUAAAGCAUAUAUAACUCCUUUCUGUAAGAAAUACUAAGUGUUAUAUACAAUUUGCACAUCAUAUUGUCUUCCUGGAAUGUACAGGUCACCAUUAACAUAAAAUAAACCCUCCAAUACCUAGCUGUCCUAUUACAGCCAACAAAACCUGGCUGAGGUAGUACAGCCAGCAUGACACAGAAAUCCCUCCUGUGUUCCUUAUGAGUGAAGAGACCAGCAAGCAGAUGGCUCCAAGUCUUCCAGUACCCUCCCCUUCCCCUCCUCUGAUGUAGGGUUCCCAACGCCCUGUGCAUUUGCUCUCCACUUACCACACCCCUAUCUGGUCAGAAGAACCAAUUUCUUCUUUCCAUCCAAUAGGCUGGGCCAAUACCUGGGUUUCAGUCUGAGAGCUGCUAAUCGUCCCCAUUACUCAGGACUCCAUAUGCCACACCCGCCAUUGAUUUC